AUGCAGUCAACGGAGUUGCUGCGCCACUCUUCAUCAGGCGCACUCCUGGCCUGCGGCAUGCUGCCUUUCAAGAGGUUCAGGUGGAGUGCAUCUCCGGCGACCGGACUUGUGGGCAUGCAGGAGAACGCAUGCCUCAGUGACUUCUUCGGCUGCAUAGGAUUUAUGCCGCUCACCACCCGAAGCCACAUCCGCGGAGCGAUGGUGAGGAUGAUGACCAGCUCCACUCCCCAUCAUCAGCCGGGCGCUCCGCACGACUCCCCCGCGCAAGGACACUUCGGCUCCAUCUUCACCGAGGAUGGCAUCACCCCUGGAAAUCAGCUUUCGACGGGACCCUCCGCUUGCACAUUUUGGUGUGCCGUUGGUCUGGGGGCUCUUGUGAAGGGCAGCCCUGUUGAAUCGGUCGUGAACUACUCCCGACUGGCGAGAGAUGCGCUGGACGCCUACACUGGUCCUGUGGAUGCUGAGGUGGCAAAGGCGUGGGCGAUCCUGGGAUACUUGUACGGUUUCAUGGGAGACACGGGGAAGUUUGAAGAGUACCUGGAGCUUUCAGACUCCUUUUUGACUGCUGCCAUCGAGCAAGGGUCAACCGACAUGCUGCCAGCGGGAUUCGCCGAGAUCGUGAACCACAAGCAGACUGUCAAGGUGUACUCGGGGAAUGCAGGCCCUACGGAUAUCGAGCCGUUGGGCGCACGGCGUCAACAUCCUCCGCAGAGCCGGUUCUAG